ACAUCCCACAGACAUGCUAGCUCUGAAGUUUGCCCAUGAUGGAUUCUUCUACUUGGGUGAACAGACUGAUGAGAGACUCAGUGGCCAGAGUUCUGCCACACUGGAAACCACAGAUGCCGCUCUACAGGCAGGGUUGUAUUCCUUCGGGCUUCUCGAGACUCAUUUCAGCGACAAAGCUGAAAGAGUUGCCAAAGAGGGUCUGUCUCUGACCCCUGAGGACAGCUGGAGCGUCCACUCUGUGGCUCACGUCCAUGAAAUGAAGGCAGAGGUGGACAAGGGACUGAAGUUCAUGACCUCUACAGAGAAAGACUGGAGGGUCAGUCUCAGAUAGAUUCUAUACAACAUACAGCGGGCUCCAAAAAAUCUAAGACUA